ACGGUAGCAGAAUCAUCUACAGAGCUAGGCUUUCGUUUAGUGGCGGCCGGACACCAAAAACUAAACAAAAAAGCAUGAGUUGUACCAACCACGGUCACAACUCUAGCUCCUCCGGGUGGACCGGAGCGAACACGACCUCGAUUGAGCAGCACAAAUCCACAUCCUCCUCUUCCACGGCGAACCCCAACAACCCAGAUGGGUCGCACCAGCUCUCGUACCGGGGUUGCUUCGGGCUCAAAGGAGACGUCCGGAACAAUGUGCACUUUUUCGAGGAGUCACAAAUCGCCUACCCGGCCGGGCACACAACCGUGCUGUAUUACAUGGAGCAAAAGCAGCAGCGAUUUUUUCCCGGGACGGAGGGAACGGAAGAGAUCACCUGCAUGGCGCUCUCGCCGAAUAAAAAGUACAUAUUUUUUAUUUUGUCAUGCGGCUGCUGCAUCAGAUGACAUUUUUGUCAUGCGCGCUGCUGCAUAUGGGUUUCUGUUUGUGAUGCAUUUUUACCAUACCUCUACCCAGGUACCUGGCCGUCGCGGAGAAAGCGACAAACCGGCACGGUGACAAGUAUCAAAUGUAAAAUAUGUCAAUUGGGUCUAGAAACUGAAACUUGUGAUGCAAGUCUGUGAACGAUAACUUAUCGCGAUAGGUGGCCAAGCAUGACAAGUUUUUGAGCUCCCCCGCCGUGUUCCGUAUUCCGCAUGGCAGGCUUCAUUUUUGCAUGACAGGCAAGAGGAUCUUCUUUUCGCGGCUAAGCAUCACAGACGAGGUACGAAUCAUGCCAGACAAGCAUGACAAAAUCUUCAUGGACUCUUCCAGACCCAGACACAUUUGCAAUGCAUAGCAAGCCAAUAGUGACGAUUUACGACCUGAAUUCGCUGAGGAAAAAGAAAACCUGUUGCUACCUCGACUGCGACUCCCCAAUAAUAAUUUCCAUGGCCUUUGACCAGCACUCGAAAUUGUUGUUGACGCAGAUGGGGCCCAGCCCGAGUGGGAAGCACGACUACACACUGGUAGCCUGGAGCUGGGAGAAGGCCAAACCAAUAGCAGCGACGAAGGUAUUUCUUAGCAGUAGUUGUGGUAGCGGUAGUAUGCAUUGAAGAGUAACGUAUCGUACUAGUAUAAAUCGCAUGACAAAUUUUCUCAACAAGGAAGCUGUAAUUUGUAAUGCAGAUUCAGGUAGGAAAGCAGAUAUUUGUAAAUGCAUGACUGCGGUUUAAAUCGUCAUCCCUAAUUUAUUACUAGGUCGGCGCCACAGGGAACGUGUACGAGGUGUCUUUCAACCCGAUUGAUUCCUAUCAUAAGGAAAAACGUCCCCGCCCCAUAGUCAAGAUGGGAAAUCUGCUACACAAAUCCACAACUUUUAGCUGUCACGCAUGACAAGUUUGGGCUCGUAGUGUAAUCCUGUUUAGCUAGUAAGGCAGCAUCACAGGCCUAGCGUAUCGUGCUGGUUGGAGCAUGGCAAAUUCCGAAACACGACUGCAAGUUGCUCCUCAUGGGGCUCCGCAUGAGAAAUAUUUUGAGCAUGCAGAUUUGCACUACAACUCUGGGGUGGGGACGUUUUUGCUCAGGAUAAUUCCACGACCUGUUUCUGUAUUGGCGACAACCUGUUCAAGUUUUUCAAAAUCCAAGAAUCGGAGAACCUCAUUCGGGCGAUACCCUUAUCAAAUGCAAAAAUGUCUGGGUCUGGAAGGUUGAGGCUUGUGAUGCUAACUUUGGACUCUAAAAAAAAUCUGUAUUGCAUGAUCAGCAAGAGUAGUCUAGUUUGUGCUACGCGGGGAGAGCAUUUGUCAUGCGGAAUAGGCAUCCGGAAGCCCUCUAAAAAUCUGUGGCGCUAGGUCAUGCAUUACAGACAUCCUGGGUCAUGCAAAAUAUGCAUGACAAGCCCGGCAACAUUCCAGACCCAGACGUAUUUGCAUUCGAUAACCCUACCAACUGAACAAGCUGAAAGGCGGAAGUCAGAAUUAUUUGUGCCAUACCUGGCUGCCAGACGACCGGUUGGUAGUAGGGACAGAAGGCGGUGAGCUGUUGCUAUUUGACAAUCAAGGGGAGUUUCUGGAGGUACUUAUGAUCUAUGAAUACAUCAAACAAAAAAAACAAAACUUUGUCGUUGAGUUAGUGCUGGUUAAUACUUUUGUGAUGUUUUGUUACAUCAAGGAAACGAGUGCGCAGGACAGUUCUCGACGUCGUGGAUGAUGCAUGCAAAGUCAUUUCAUGCAGCAUGAGAAACAAAAACUCAAACUCACACUCAAACACAGGUCGUCUCCAAAUCUGAGCCCCGGUCUCUGCAGUGCAUUGGCGCCUUCGGAAAGGGUUUCGUCACCGGCGGCGAUAUUGAAGCGGAAUCCCUCGGCUUGGGCACGAAUAUCAUGAGAAAAAAGUGUGACAGUUACACUCUCUGAUGGAAGACAAACACGACAGACAACCUCUGUCAUGCAGGAAAUGCUUGCCAGCCUCAUGUCAUUCGUGUUUUCCCUUAUUUUAUAGUCUGCGCAUCACAGGUUUUCUUUGCCAUGUCGAGCAAUUUUGUGAUGCAGAAACUCCAACGAGUCUGUAACUGUAACACUUUUUUCCUGUGAUACCGAAGAUCAACGGGUUACUCCAAGUGUACGAGAAGGUGGAUGAGAAGUCUUUCCACAAAGCAAAGGAAUCGGAACUGGACGGCGGCGGGAUCCGGUCCAUAGCGAUAAGUCCCAGCGACGAGGCGCUGUGUGUUACGACAACGACGUCGCAGUUGUAUAAGCUGUCACUAGUUUCGUCGGAACUGCUGAACGAGGAGGACAAAACAGGGAAGUCGUUGUUUGAACCCGUUCUCACUCCCUUCCACAACGGGGCAAUCAACGGCAUGGACGUCUGUUCCACGAGGAAGUCGAUGGUGGUGACUUGCGGCACGGAUAAGACCGUCCGGGUGUGGAACUGCGCGGAGAAGAUGUGCGAAUUUUCGAAGCAAUUCACCGAAGAACCUCUAUCAGUGACCUUGCACCCCACCGGGUUUCUGAUGGUUUUGGGGUUUGCGGACAAGCUGCGAGCGAUGAACCUGCUCAUGGACGAUUUGAAGACGUUUAAGGAGGUAAAUAGGACUAAUUUGCUUGCAAUAAUAUGACGCAUGAGAAACUCAGUUGUUUCCCUGUUGCGAACUGCAUCACAAAUUGAACAAAUGCAUUUUGUUACAUACAUGCAGCGCUGCAUCGCAAAAUAUAUGAAAAUAAUCACUCAAAGCUCCCCGUGAAAGCCUGCCGCGAAGUACAGUUCUCCCACGGCGGGCAGUAUUUCGCCGCGGUAAACGGCACGGUGCUUCAAGUCUACCACACCUACACCUGCGAACUGCUCUGCAGUUUCCACGGGUCUUUGUCCCGCCUCCGGACCAUCACGUGGUCACAGGACGACAACUUUCUCGCCACCGGCUCGGUGGACGGGUCGAUUGUCGAGUGGAAUCUGCAAACCCAGACGAAAGUCAUGGAGUACAACACGAAGGGCGUUUCCUACUCCUCCAUACUGUUGAUCACAAACUUGGUGCAGCCAGCCAAUCCAACCGGCGGCACGUCGGCGCAGGCGGCGGGGAGCGCGGGACAGGGCAACAACAGCGCAAACAACCAAAACAACCCGAAUUUGCCCAUGCUUAAGCAGAACAGCAUCUUUGCGUGCGGCUCGGACCGGAUGCUGAAGGAGAUAAAAUCUUCCAAUCUCCAAUCCUACGUCGAUUGCGGGGUUACUCUCGGACAACUCGCGUCGUAUGCAUUGCAAAAGUAUCGUACUCGUAUAAAUGCAUUACAAAUCUCCUCAGCAUGAGAAAUAUAAUUUGCAAUGCGGAUUUAGCUUUAGAAAAAAAUUUGUAAUGCAUGACUGCAAUUACUACGAGCGCGAUACUUUUGCACAGGAUACGUCGGCAGAAAACGCGAUCUUCGCCGCCAUCGCAGAACCCGAAUCGAAAUCCGCCCCGAUGCGGAUUAUGCAUUGCAAAUAUGUCUGGGUCUGGACCUGUGAUGCAGAACUUCAACGACAACAAGAUCUGUAAUGCAUGAAUACCAUUGGCCAGUUUUUUUGUCGUGCUGGAUUGCAGUUUGUAAUGCUAAACACGAAUGAAUCGGCAAGGAGCCGAGGGAAAUUUCUCAUGCUUUUUUGCCGUACAAGCAGCAAGUUUGCAAUGCAAGGAUCAGCAACACAAGUUUCCAGACCCAGACAUAUUUGCAGUGCAUACGGAUCUACAGAAUACCCAUCGGCGGGAACGUCUCGGCCCUGAACCAGCAGCAGCUCCCAGGCGACAGCAGUGGUAGCAUCAUGCAGAAUAUCCUGUGCAAAAGUAUUGUAUUCGUAUAAAUGCAUUACAAAUUUCCUCAGCAUGAGAAAUAAAGUUUGUAAUGCUGCCUUACCUUUAAGAAAAAGAUUUGCAAUGCGUGAUUGCAAUACACUUUUGCACGGGAUAUAGAACUAUUCAGCGCACUCCGCCCCGGCAACGCGACUUCGCUUGUCCUACGACGAGUCGUUGCUUUUCAGUUCCGCGGAAGAUGGGUGUCUGUUCAUGUUCGAGAUAAAAAGGAAAGGCGCGGCGAAGAAAAAGCGGCUGCAGGAGAUGGAUUUUGGUCUGCAGCAGGGGGUCAGCGACGAAAUUCUGGUGACGAGGCACUUUUUGGAAAACAAGCAGAAGCAGGUGUCGGUGUUGGAGAAACAGGUUGAGGAUCUACUGAACCAGAUCGAAUUUCAGCUCUCCCACCGCGAUUCAUUUCACAAGGAAAAGAUGAACGAGUUAGAAGACAGAUACGGGCAAGAGAUAGAAGCGGAGCGGGCGAAGUACGACGCUUUGCAGCAAGAGAAAGCAGAAAUGGACAGCGAGUAUGAGGACCACAUCCUGCAAAUGGAGGAAUUGCACCAACGGAAUCUACAGGAACUGGAAUGUACUAUUUUUAUUUAAACACGUUAAAUUUGAAUGAUUAUGUUUAUGAUUUCUUGAUGUUGCCCCCGCCUACUUUGCAGAUUUUUACGCCUCAACAGUUAGACAUCUUUUAUUUCCACAUCGUAACAGCUUCCUUCCAGCAGAAGAUGCAAGUGGAGGCCAACCGGUUUGAGAAACUGACGCAGCAAAGGGAAAAAGAGUCGCUCAUCUGGGACCAGACAGUGAAAGAGCUGAUAAUACAAUGAAAAAUGCCCCCACCCCCGAAUUUGCAAAAGUUUGUCAUGCAAAGUUUCCAAAUGAAAGCUUUUUGUGUUGCAUGAAGGGACUGCGAGCCUUUCUGAUGCAGAAUCUAGGUGCGCAAGGUGUCUUGUGCAUAACAGAUCCGGCUGCUGUGGGGCUCCUUGGCAACACAAAUUUGAGCUAUUCACCAUGGAAAAUUUGUGAUGCUGAGACAUGCAAGACGGGGAACGUUUCCAUUGGAAAGGUUUGCUAUACAAAUGCUGCCAAGUUCUGGGAGGGGGGCAUUUUUCAUUGUAAUAGCUGACGGAAGCGCACAACAAACGGUUGGAAACGGAUAGCAAGGCCUUGGAGGUGAUGCUGGUGGAGGAUUCCCUAACAAGACAACGAAUCAUGAGCGAGAAAGUGGACGAGGAAAAGAAGCAUCGGGAAAAAUUGGCGCAGUUAGAAUUCGACGCGGACGGGGAGAUCGACACGUUGAAGGAUAAGUACGAAUACCGAUUAGCGCAGGAAAAGGACGAGAAGGUGAGGCUCCGGGUAUCGAAAGGAAAAAUCCCCCCUCCCCAUACCAAAACGGGAUAAUUCUGGAUAUUUGUUAUGCUGAUUUGAGGUUACAAAUCGUCUCUGUAUUGCAAGAAAGCAAAUCCAAAACCCCGCCGCGUUCUGCAGGCAGUUUGUAAUGCUGUAUGUACUACGGAGGACACGCCUGCCUUGCUGGCGCCUACACCAAAGCGCCCCUACUCCGGCUUUGUGUGUGCCUGCAGUCUUCUACUGCAAGACAAAGCCGAUUUGUGUACACAAAUCCCGCAUCACAGAUUUCAAUUUCGAUAUGGGGAGGGGGGAUUUUUCCUUUUGAUACCGGGGGCAAGCGGGGAUCCACAGGAAGCACCACGAGGAUUUGAUAUGAGAAUGCACAACUCCCCUUCCCCCUCACUUGUAUGGCAUGAACAGCAACACAAGCAGCAGCAGAAAAGGGGCUUGUUUCGCAUGACAAAUCUGCGUGCGGAUUGUAGUACUAUUUGACUGAGGUUCCAAAAUUUGCCAUGCUAGCAGUUUCUACAAGCAAGGUGUGAGUUUGGUAUUUUGCAUUACAAAUGAGGGGGAGGGGGAGUUGUGCACUCUCAUAUAUGAAAAGGCAAAUGGCGAAGAAGGAGUCGGAACUCAAGCAGCACAUGGAAGAGGCGAAAAGAAAACAGGACAGGAUAUUAUGACCUGCUCAAACGUUACAAUCUGAAACGUUUGUGUUGCGCGAUUAGCAUGACAGACAUGGACAGCGUUCCGUUUCCUGCAAUACAAAUUUCGCCAGAUUGUAGUGGGGUUUGGGUCUCCGGAACUUGUCAUGCGCAAUCCUAUGAGAGUUGGCUAGAUAAUGCACCUCUUGCAUCAGAGAUUUCCAUAUUCUAAUGUAACGUUUGAGAUUGUAACACCUGAGCAGGUUAUAGAUAUCCCAGCUGAACCGGGAGAGAGAACAUAACCUGAAGGAGAUCCGGGAGCGGGACAAAACGAUACACGAUAAAGAGCAGAAAAUUUAUGAGUUGAAAAAACAAAAUCAGGUAUAAAAAACUCUAGAUUGUCGUUUUGUGUUGUCAUGCUUGAUCAUGUGCAUAUUGAUAGAAAAAUGGAAGAGCUUUAUUUAUUGCCAUGGUUGCUUCUCGUUCUCCGCCUCCUGUGAAUCUUGUUUAUUAUUCAUCUCAACGAAAUCGAAACACGACUUCUAUCAGGAACUGGAAAAGUUCAAGUUUGUGCUCGACUACAAGAUCAAGGAGCUGAAGGCGCAGAUAGACCCCAAAAACGACGACAUCCAAGCGAUGAAGCGAGAUAUCCAGGGAAUGGAUACGGAUCUGGAAGAGUACCAUAGGAAGAAUAAACUCCUGCAGCAGAACGUAUUGAAGUUGAAGAUUUUUGUUUCUGCUCUAGUUAGAACUACACGCUUCGCCACAGUCGGAGCUCAUCGACAAUGGGCUUCCGUUUGUAGUCGGCAAGGGGGGCCUGUCGGACGACUUCCGCUUAUCUUCGGAUAACGGAAGACGCGCGAUGGGAUUCGCAACAAAAAACGAGCUGACCUCUAUCUCCAGCAUGUUCCGCAAGAAAUUCCGGCACCGGUAUACUUUUACCGGAAGCUUCAGCGGAGGCAGAAAGCGGAGGGAGUAUGAUCACAUUUUGGUGAGAUACAGGGAUCGGGGGCUCUGCACGGCCUUCAGCGUCACCGACCAAACGCACACCAGAUCGGACCACAGACUGGUGACAGCACGGAUCGAUGGCGCGGCAGUAAGGGUCCCGAGGGCGAAGGAACGCGCCGCGAAGCAGUUGCUGCGGCAGAAAGACAAGGCAGAGGACAUCGACAGGAAGCUUCGGGAGGUGUUCACCGACGCGAAGCUACUGGAGAUGGAAACGGGAGACGCCACGGCAGCACAGGUCUGGGACGGGUUUGAGGACGCAGUGAAGCCACUGAUGGAACAGAUGGAAGAGGACUGGAAAAAGAACAAACCGGAACAAAGGCGGAAACCAUGGAUAACAGACAGAACAUGGAAGACGAUCAUGGCGAGACGGAAGGUGGCAGCGAAGGGCAGCAGCCCAAACAAAAAAGCAGAGGCAAGGCUUAGGAGGCGAAUAGAGAUGGAAGUAAAGGAGGACAAAGAAGCAUGGACGCGCGAGAGGCUGGAGGCAAUGCGGAAAGCGGACAGCAGUGGCAAUGCCCGGGGGGUGUAUGAGGCCGUGCGGCAGCUCUCCGGGCGGGCGCGGGCGAAAGGACAGCAGAAUCUGCCGGGGGGGGAGAGGCUUCAUCUCGACUUCUGGAAGACGAUUCUAGGGCAGGACAGACCGGCCGCGCCAAAUGCACUGCAGAACACAAAAGCCUGGGAAAGGUGCGAAAAAAUGCUGACCCGGGAGCCACCGCGACCAACCUGGACCACCGAAAAGACCGGAGCGCCAACAGAUGCAGAGAUCGACCAAGCAGUCAAGGAAAUGAAGAAAGGCAAAAGUCACGCCGGCGACUUCCCUGCCGAAUUCUUCACCCACUCGGAGGCCGCAAGACGGGUCGUCCGGGUGGUGGUGAGGAAGAUUUUUGAGGGACAGCCACCGCCACAGCAGUGGCUAGAUGCGGAAAUAGCUCUGCUACACAAAGCCGGCGCGCGCGCCGACCCAGCAAACUAUAGGCCGGUGGCUCUUCUCCAUUUUGGGGAAAAGCUUACCAGCCUCAUAGUGCUCAAGCGAGUCCGCCAAGCAGCAUACAGAAGCGUCAACAAAAAACAAAAAGGCUCGGUCCAGGGGCUAAGCUGCAGACACGCGGUCUUCACACUCCUGCGGGACAUGGAGAACGCGAUCAGAAACGGGGAGACGAGGGUCUACGACUUUAUCGACUUCCAAAAGGCCUAUGAUUCCCUGGAUUGGAGCAGGCUCAACACGAUACUACGGUGGCAGGGAUUCCCGGAAGACCUGGCCGAACUAGUAGAAAGAUUGUACAACAGCGCCACUUUUUGUCUGAAGCUGGGGCCGGGGAACAAGAGCAGCAAAGCAGGACAGCGGUCCGGAAUAAGACAAGGCUCAAGCCUGUCCCCCCUGAUCUUUGUGUUGGUUCUCGACUUCGCACUCCGAGCAUUCGAGGAUACAAUGCAAAGCUUAGGGCGGUGGGCGAGGUGCAAAGACGACUCGUUCCUGUCGUGGCUCGGGUUUGUCGACGAUCUUGUAGUGAGGUCCGACACUCCGGAAGAGGCGCAGGAGGCUCUUCUCCAGCUGCAGGCUGCUUGCCGGUAUGUUGGGCUGGAGCUGAAUGCGAAAAAAACAGAGACCAUGACCAUAGGCCUAGCCCCGGAAACAAAAAACAACGAAGACGCAAGAAAGGAACGGGUGCGGCUUGAGUGCUUGGAGCGUGGCGCGCGCGAAGGAUGGGCAAUAGAAUGGGACGGUGUCGACCUCAUCGCAGAGUACAAAGAAGCAGCGCGAAAGAAACAGGCGGGCGCCGCCCCGAUGGAGUGCGUCACGCAUUUAAUAGUGUGGGACGACGGCGGUUACAGCCUUUGCUGGCUGAAGAAGACGGGGUGGGCUUGCCUAGACAACCAGCAGACCGUGCGAAUUAGCCGCCUUGGGAGAGUAAGGUGGGUAAAGGAGUCCAGAAAUGUCCAUGUGUGCCCGCGGUGCGGGGACGUCCUUCCGGACGCCCGUGCACUGCGGGGACACAUGACCACCGGCUUCUGCAGAAAGGAACUCACACUGGCGGAGCAGAAGACGCUCCGUGUAGGGCGGUACGUGGAGGACAAGAUGAAAACACAGCGGGCGGCAGUAGUCGUCGCAGCAAAGUUGAAAACCCACGACGACAGAGAAAUCGCAACGGCGGGAAGCUUCAAGUACUUAGGCACAACAGUAGCAAACAACGCAAGCACAACCAAAGAAGUAGAAAGGCGGGCCGGCAUAGCGCGGGCAACGGCGGAACAGCUGCGGAAGGUUUGGAGAGACAAAGCAACCCCGAAGGAACUCAAGGCGGAGCUUUUUUCCGCGUUGUGCAGCUCCGUGGCGCUGUACAACGCGGAAACGUGGACCCUGUGCGAACAGGACAUGAAGCUCUUGAAGAAAUACCAGCACCAAACGCUGAGAACACUGACGGGGGAGCGGCGCGCCUGGCAGAAGCAGGCAGACCAGGACAGGGCAGAGGUAGAAGAGCAGGAGCUUGACGAGGGGGCGGAGUACGCGAGCAGAAUGGAACUCUGCCAACAGGCCGGGGUUCUAGACAUAGAAACGAUGUUGCAGGAAAAACGGGUGGCCUGGAUCGCGCAUGCCGCGCGAGACAGGUCAGAGGGUUCGUUUCUAUGGAUCGCCAGCGAGAUAAGGAAGAAAAGUAUUUGGGGAAGGCAGGCAGCGGCCGACCUCGAGUACUAUGGGAUCGAGCUGGAGAGGCUCGCACAGCAGCCGCCGGACGCAGAAACGGUUCGCAACAUACUGCGGGAACGAAGAGCACACCAAACCGGAAGAAAGGAAAAGCCAAGACAGAGAAAACAGAAAACGGAGCGCACAGAGCAAAUGCGGGAGGAGCAGCGGCAGCGCAUAGCACAGCAAAAGGCAGAGCAAGAAGAAGAGCGGCGGCAAUUUGUCCAGAAAAUCAACGGCAAACGCUGGGUGAGAUUACCCGGCAGAAGGGAUGCCUGGCACCCUGAAGACGACGCCCAGGAGCUGUUUACGGCGACGGACGAUUUUUGCGAAAAUACAGGGAGAGAAAUCCUGUAUGUUGCUGGCUUGACCUUCUUCCGAAACCCGGCAGACCAUACGUGGAGCGUAGACUGACGGGGGAGUUGCUUGAAGACAGUGUUUGCGUGCACGUCCAGUCAACCACAAAGACUGAAAAUAGAUACCAACAGCUAUUUAGGACACGCACCAGAAUGAUGAUGAUAGUUAGAACUACACAGAUUAAGAAGAUUUGCGAUCAUGCACAAUAAACUGACGAACAAGUAACUGACGAAGUGUGGAUCAUGUGGACGCGUCUACUUCCCUUGUGAUGCAUUGCCUUCCUUCCGCAAGAUUUUUACCAAAGCCAGUAAAUCCCAUCGUGCCCUGAUUUUUACAGAUCACUUCCCUCCAAUCGAAGCAGCGCGGUCUUGUCGACGAGAUCCUGCAGCAGAGGAAGAAGCUGAACUCCAACCGGGCCUAUGCCAAAGCGUUCGUUGCGGACCUGAAAGAGUGCAUGCCGCUGCAGAACUCAGGAGUCGGCGGGUUCCCGCCCGCACCACAACACACCGCGAAAGCUGCUGGAACAGCAGCGGACAGUGGAGCGAAUAAGGAGCAGACGCAGCAGUAUCCUAAGUAAAAACGUCCCCACCCCAUAGUCAAGAUGUGAAAUCUGCUAGACAAAUCGACAGGCUUCGGUUGAUGCGCAUGACAAAUUUGGGCGCGCAGUGUGGUCGUGUUGUUCUAGUGCAGCAGCAUUACAGAUUUUUCCUAUCAUGCUGAUUCUAGCAUUAAAACCCUUAAAACACCACUAGAAAGCGCCUCUCAUGGGUCUCCGCAUGAGAAACACUUUGAGGAUGCAGAUUUGCAUUACAACUUUAUUAGGGUGGGGACGUCUUUGCAUAGGAUAAGCAGUCGAACGCCAAUUCGUUGAAGGAGCAGUACACGAAGCUGGUCAACAAGUUUACGACGAACGAGUGGGAGCUGUCGGUACUAUAUCAACCGCAAAUAUGUGUGGGUCUGGAAACUUGUGAUGCUGGGAUGUGAAUAGUGAAUGUUCUGUAAUGCACAGCCAAGCAUGAGAAAUAUUUUCGCGGCUUAGUGUUACGCUUUCCGCAUGAGAAACUGCGUAUUUUGCAUGACAAGCCAAAGGCUCUCUUCUUGGACGCGCAUCACAAACUCUUUAGUCAUGCCAGACAAGCAUGACAAACCUGCCAUCCUUCCAGACCCAGACAUAUUUGCAAUGCAUAUACUAGCGACGACCGGGGGCGGUGACAGCAACGGGAACGGUUCUGGCGGGGUGGUGGACCCGAACGUGAGGCAGAAGGAAUACCUCGAGAAAACCAUCGAAGGGUUGAAACGGGCGCUGCGCAAAGACAGUGAGAAGCACCGGACGACGAACAUGAGGAUACUAAACGAGGGCGUGGAGCUAUGCAACGAAAAAAGUGUUACAGUUACACAUUGUGUUGCAGAACGUGCAAGACAGACAACCUCUCUCAUGCUGGAAAGGCAUGCGAGCCUCGUUUCACAAGUGUUUUCCCUUAGGAUCUCUGCGUUGCAAGUUUUCUCUGCAAUGCAGAGCAAGUCUGUGUUGCUAAAGUUGCGACAAAUGUGUAAAUGUAACAUUUUUUCCCUGUGAUAGGAACUCGUGGCGGAAAUUAACACGCUACGGAAGGAGCUCGCCAGCUACACGCGCGCCGCGCAGGCUAUGGGAUUCUCAAACGUUCCACUCUAAACUGUUACAUGAUUUGUCAUGCAAAAUGACCAUGAGCCACCAGACGAUCAAGCUGCUUCGCAUGACAAAUUAUCGGAGGGCUAAAUAGCACUAGAAUCCGCACCAAAUCUGUAAUGCAAGACGCGCAAGGUUCCUCCUCUGACCUGUGCUAUUCUUGCAUUACAGAUUCAUGUGACAUUUGAGAAUGUAACAUUUGAGAACGCCAUACAGGCCAACAAGGGCGACCAAAACAUGAUGUCCAGCCAAAGUCCCGGUAUCAAAUGCAAAUAUGUCUGGGUCUGGAAGAUUGCGAGACUUGUCAUGCAGAUUAUCCAUUGCCCAUGUCGCCUGGAAUGCACGACGAAGCAUGACAGAUUCUGUGGGUUCCCUGUCAUGCCCAUCCUGCAUGAGGAACUUCCUCUCGUCAUCAGCCUGGUCAAAAGUGGACAUCUUUUGGCAUUCAUGCAACACAGAUUUUUUUUUGCACGAUCCAGAAUUUUUAGCAUGACAAGUUGCAAUGUUCCAGACCCAGAUCAGUAUUUGCACCGGAUACCCGGCGGAUCCAAACAAUUUUCCACCGAAGGGGCGGAUGUGGGCGCAGAGGAGGCCCCGGGAGGAGCUGCUCCGCAGUAGGAUAUAUAAAGGUCUUGUUUUCGGUCAAAAAUCGUGUUUCAAACCACAAUUGACUUUUUACCGAGAACCCAAGUCGUCCCGCUAUGAUGAAUGACAAGAAUUAAUAUUUCUUCGACGACAUAAUUAAAGUAAGUUACGGUUACGAAUCGACAUGACUCAAGAACCCAAAACGGAAAAACUUAUAGACAAUCACUUUUGAGAUCAAGUUUGUAAAGCCCGAGAACUCUUAAACAUAAAGACGAAACUGUAUCAAGGCAAGGUGAUUCUUUCUUUUAUCUAAUCGGACAAAAAUGGCAAAAAAAAUGGCAAGAUGUUGACAGGACAUGUAUAGCAGAGCGAGUUUUAUUUGUCUCAACUAGCACAGGCAGAAGUACGAUGGUGAAGAGCAAAACUAUGCUGGUCUUCUGGUCGUGCGACGUCGUGUGGGUGGAGAACUGCAACAGGAGGUCUUCGCACCAACAAGGUAAUCAUCUCAACUGAUUCCCUCCCUCUGUCUCCCUCGAAGAUGGGGCAUCAAACCUACGAAGAACUAUGUACUUGGC